CUUUAUCGUUAAUCAGUUUGUCUGAAGUAAAUAUGAACUGUUUAUAUUUUGUGCCAUUUCAUUAAUUUAUAGUUACAGUUUUGAGUAUUUUAGGCUAAUCAGGAGGACCACUGACUAACACUUUGAUAGACACUCUUGUCAGGAGCUGAUAGGACCGGGAUUUUAUCAGUUAAUUAUUCUCAUAUUACUCAUGACAAAUUGUCUAAACACAGGAAAAAAAUUCUGAAGAUGCGACUGAGCUCCAUGUGACACACCGUUAUAAAAAUGGCGCUUAUUAAAGAGGAGAGUGAAGAUGUGAAGAUUGAAGAAGCAUUCCGAGUGAAACAUGAAGAUAUCGAGACACAAACAGACCUAAUGGGUUUGAAAAAGGAAACCCAAGAACUGAAUAAAAUGGAAGAGAAUCAGUAUGACAAAGAUCAGGAUUUUAUGACUGGAGAACAUUCCACACAAAAUGAAAAGACUUCCUCACAAAAAAGAGGUCAAAAGACUGAAUCUACAAGUUAUUUCACCUGCUGUCAAUGUGGAAAAACCUUCAAUCAAAAACAAAACCUUGAUGUCCACAUGAGAAUUCACAAUGGAGAAAAGCCUUUCAGCUGCCAACAGUGUGGAAAAAGUUUCACUCAAAAACAAAACCUUAAAGUCCACAUGAGGGUUCACACUGGAGAGAAGCCUUAUACUUGCACUCAGUGUGGACAGAGUUUUACACAUAAAGGAAACCUUAAUGCCCACAUGAGAGGUCACACUGGAGAGAGUCCUUACACGUGUAGACUGUGUGAGAAGAGCUUCUCACGAAAAGAAAGUCUUAAGACUCACAUGCGAAUUCACACUGGAGAGAAGCCGUUCAUAUGUGGUCAGUGCGGAAAGAGUUUCAGAUGUAAAGAAAACCUUAAUUGCCACAUGAGGAUUCACUCAAGAGAGAACAGUUUUAUGUGUCAUCACUGUGGAAAGAGUUUUCCUGACAGGAACCACCUUAGAAAUCAUGUAACAACUCACAUUGGAGAGAAGCCUUUCAUGUGCCAUCACUGUGGAAAAACUUGCACAAACAAAGCAAUCCUUGAGAUUCACUUAAGAGUUCACACUGGAGAGAGGCCUUUCACAUGCCCCCAGUGUGGAAAGAGUUUCACAAAUAAAGGAAACCUUAACAUUCACAUGAGGCUUCACACUGGAGAGAAGCCUAUCACAUGUCUUCAGUGUGGAAAGUGUUUCACAUACCACACAGACCUGAAACGACAUUUGCAAACUCAUUCUGGAAAGAAAUUGUAGUAUUCCUCAAUUUUACAAAACUCACCUGCACAUUCACUCCCCAAGUGAAAAAAAGUGCACUUCCAUAAUGUACUUAAAGUGUACUUGUGUAGUGUACUAGUGAAUGAUAGUUGGGUUCAAGUGUACUACAAGUGGUAACUAAAUAAUUUUUUUUUAAUACAGAGAUAGUAUGUUAAAAGCAUAUUUUAAUUCAUAUACAUGGUGUCUCAAAAUAGCACAGUUGAGUACACUUAGA